AUGUCAAAAGCGCGAAAAUUCAGAGGUAGAGAUGCGAAGACCAGAAAUCCGACGGGAAUUAAUCUCGAACAACUUCGAGAGGCCGAGGCGGAGAUAGAAAAAAUAAAAACAGACGGGGAUCUCAAACUGGAUGAGAACAUCAACAAGUCGAUAACGAAUAAAGAUUUGAACGAGGAAUACAACCAAGCCGCCGCUGGACUUCAUGAAAGGAUUCCAUCUUCAAAUGACACUGACGAUAAUGACCCAGUUUCUUCAGUCACAACUAAUCAUGUCGCGAAGCCCCCGCGGAACGUCCCAAAGAGGAGUAUCUCUCGCGCGCCAGAACAACCCGAGCCCAAGCCACCAGCGCGCAUUGUCCCCUCCUCAGACUCAGAGGAAGACGAUUUGCCACUACACGAUAUGAACGAGGGAGACCUUCAACAACAAGUCUACGACCUUGAAGAUAGAAUCGACGAUUUAGAAAUGGAGAACAAAAAAUUAAGAGCGCAGAUUGAGCUCAAGGAUUUGGAAAUCGAAAGACUCCAAAAAGAAGCGCGCAAAGCGGAGCGUCAACGUGCACGAGCGACUGGUACACGCACUCGCACGACGCGUGCAAAAGAAACCGACCUCUAA